CAGACAGACAGAGCUAAGAAAUAGAAAGCAAAGUGGUGAGACAGACAGGAGAGGGAGUGCGGGAGGCGGAGCUUGCCAGGAGGGGCGUGGCGAAUGUGUUGUCACUCACCAGCGGUUGCCACUUCUUGUGGGCGGUCUUGCCAGAAGCGGCAUCCAAUGGGAGCGGACGCUGCUCGUGUCGCCAUGGUGACGGGGCUGUGCCCAAGGAGGUUGUGAUGGUUUGACAGGUGCGUGACAAUCGGAGCUCUCUGCAAGCAUGUACGCCAAAGGCAAGAGUAGCAACGUGCCGUCCGACAGCCAAGCCAGAGAAAAGUUAGCUCUGUAUGUAUACGAGUACCUACUGCAUGUCGGAGCCCAGAAGUCAGCACAGACCUUCCUCUCAGAGAUCCGAUGGGAGAAGAACAUCACAUUAGGAGAACCUCCGGGGUUCCUCCACUCUUGGUGGUGUGUUUUCUGGGACCUGUACUGUGCUGCCCCAGAGAGAAGAGACACAUGUGAACACUCCAGUGAGGCCAAGGCCUUCCAUGACUACAGUGCAGCAGCAGCUCCCAGCCCUGUGCUUGGGAACCUUCCCCCAGGAGAAGGCAUGCCAGUGGGUCCGGUCCCACCAGGAUUUUUUCAGCCUUUUAUGUCCCCUCGAUACCCUGGAGGACCCAGACCACCUCUCAGAUUACCCAAUCAGGGGCUUGGUGGUGUGCCAGGAAGUCAACCUAUGUUGCCCAGUGGCAUGGACCCCACAAGACAGCAAGGACAUCCAAAUAUGGGUGGACCAAUGCAGCGGAUGACGCCACCAAGAGGCAUGGUGCCACUCGGGGCCCAGGGCUACGGAGGAGGGAUGAGGCCACCACUGAAUGCACUAGUCGGGCCUGGGAUGCCAGGCAUGAACAUGGGGCCAGGAGGGGGGAGACCCUGGCCAAAUCCUCCAAAUUCAAACUCUACUCCUUAUUCGUCUGCAUCUCCAGGCAGUUAUGUGGGACCUCCAGGAGGAGGGGGGCCGCCUGGCACACCAAUAAUGCCAAGUCCAGCAGAUUCGACCAACUCUGGUGACAACAUGUACACGAUGAUCAACACAGUCCCUCCAGGUGGCAGUCGACCAAAUUUUCCCAUGGGUGCAGGCAGUGACGGCCCGUUAGGGGGAAUGGCUGGAAUGGAGCCACAUCACAUGAAUGGAUCAUUAGGAUCUGGCGAUAUGGACAGCCUCCCAAAAAACUCUCCAGGUAAUCUGAGUAUGAGUAACCAGCCGGGAACCCCCAGAGAGGAUGGAGAGAUGGGUGGAAACUUCCUCAACCCUUUUCAGAGUGAAAGUUAUUCUCCAAACAUGACCAUGAGCGUGUGAGGACUCGGAAAGCGGCUUGUUAAUCUGCUGCCAACCUUUGGCAAAAAGCAAAGGAACAUGGAGUCCUGUGACUCCUCCUCCUCGCCCUCAACCUCCCCAGUCAGGACAGUGACCCAGGCCUUUGGCCCACCAUCACCCUCACGUCCCCCGUUGUUUGUGUCUCUACUAACUUGCCCCAUUCUUGGCCACUGUCAGCAGUUCCUCUUCUGCAACUAUGCAGAUUGUCCAACAAGAACCCGUCAAACACAUGGAGGAAACGCGUUCGUACAUUUGUGUUUGUCACAGCACACACAAACUUGCAUUUUAUGUCCCGACACACAGACGGCCAGCAUCCUAUUUAUUUUUAAGUUUGAAGACAAUCUGGUUGGAUGGAUGGUUAACUUCACUUUUCUGUAACUGCUUGUCAACAUGGCCUUGUUUUUAUUACUUUUUCUGUCAAAUCUUUCCCAUAAGAGAAUUAAGGAGACAUUGAUGACUUUUCUACAUUUGUGUUUGUCUUCAUCUUGUGAGAGCACCACCCACUCUGAUGUUCUUUCAAACAGGCUGUUUCAUUUCAUUUGUAACUCUAGCAGUCAAGGCAAGGCAAAGACUGGCAUAAUGGUGUAAUAAUGUUACAAAUGCAUCAGCAAAGCUUGAACAUUGAACCUAAAAUCAUCUGACUUUGUGAUUUUGUUUGAUGAGGUCCUUACACAUUCUCUGAACUUGGAUACCAGAUAAUGUACAAAUCAGUGGUUACUAGUACAUGUUGCUUAAAAAGUGACUGACAUGAUUUAGCAUCCCUUAAAUAUGUUAGUAAUUAUUGUUUGUAAUUAUGUUCUAAUUUACAAAAAUGACAUUUAGAGUUCAUAAAUGGCAGCCAUGACGAGCUCGUUGUCUCAGCAAAGCAUCAUUUCCAGAAGUGACAUCAGCGGAGUAACACCUCUCAGCUAAAGCCGAGUAAACAAAUGGUUCUUAAGGUAGCUCGUCGACUUUGUUCGAUACAUUUUUCAUCAAAAUAGCAGUCAUGCCAAAAUGUUCUGUUUGCUGCUGGAUGUUUACAGUAUCCGAAUGAUACUGUAAGUUUCUUUUCUUUUCAAAAAGCAGACGGUUUAAGACAAAAAUGGACGAAGCAAGUGUUGAGAACGAGAGACAGAUUUAAGCCCGACCAGAGUUCCUUUUUUUUUUUGCAGUGUUCAUUUCACUGAUGACUGCUUUGAAGGAACACCUUUUCAAGAAGCAUUUGGCUUGAAAGUACUGAAUAAACGCAUUUUGGAAAAUAGUGCUAUCCCCCAGCGGAAUAGUACCGGUAUUGCAGGAAGAUAAAAAAAGGACAAGAACGACCAAUACAUCAAAGUUGCCACAGGACAGAGUAAGUCAUGUCUUGUUUACGUAUUGUAUUCUAAACACCAUUUUACCAUAGCUACAGGGCUGCUAAGCAUUAUACCUGUUAUAUAAACAUCUUUUCACAGCGAUAUGUUCACGGUGGGGGGCGGUGGGAGCUGCUGCCGCUGCGACAGCAACAAAAUAUGAAAUAAAUCAGGCUAUAAAGACCCCUUUAUGCUCAUUAAUAAGCCAAUUUAAAACAAUAAUUGAAGGAUAAGCAACUCCAGAGUAAUUUACACGUACCAUUCCAUGUUCUGAAAGCGACCAAUCUUCAUCUCCAUGCCGUAAGGCUUAAGUCUAUGUUCUCUCUUCUUUUCUCCUCGAAAACUAUUGACACAACACGCAAAUCUUUGUUGUAAUCACUGUAAACAUCCUCUGUCUCGUAAACCGCUAUGUUUGUAUAGCUGAGAGGUGUCACGCCACUGAUGUCACUUCCGGAAAUGACAAGUCUGUCAUGGCUGCUGCUUGGGGUAUAACCAUUCAUUUUAAUAACGAUUCGAUUCGUAUCACGAUUCGUGGUUGCCGAUUCGAUUGGAGGAUAAUAUUUGUUCAUUUAGAACGAUACGAUCCAAAACGAUUCAGUAACUUUAAAUCGGUUUAGAAACUUUUCAGACAAAAGUUCAACCAGUGUGAUAUAAAUACCUGUGCAGGUUAAGUUUGCAAGAUCCACAUUGUUUUUUGUAAGGGAAUCACGUAUAAAUGAAGCAUGAUUUAAACAAGUAAACAACAAUGAAUGGCAAAUGCGUUCACAUUUUAUUUGAAUCAAAUGCAACCAACACAUCCGGUUGAAUUAACAAUGAAUGAAUUAACAGGUUGAGUUAAAUCAAGUCUGUGAUUAAUUCUGACUGAUAAAACAUGACUUGAACUUUAAUUUCAUACCUCAUUCACUUCUCUACCCCAACUAUUGAAGAGGUUAGGGCAAAUUUCAUCGCAGAAAAUAGUGCCUUUGGUUCCCAUUGCUUUAACAUUGAGUCAAGACAAAAGCUGUGAUCGACCCACGGACCUUGGCAAGUACAACCGUACUGCAAAAUGUAUAAUAACUUGGGCUGUGACAUUUGUUUUAAAGGUCAGCAGAGUAGCCAUUUCCAUUUUUUUGAUAAUCAAAAAGUCCAAGGAAGAAAAUCAAGUGUCAUUUCAUGUAGGCCUCACUACACACACACAAAUUGCAUGUACACAAUAAUUUCGGGGUAAAAUUAACAUAUUUCGCACCAUCAGAUUUGAACGAAAUUUCAUCUGCAGAUACUGUAGGUACUGUAGGUACUGUAGGUAAGUGAAUUUCUAUCCUACAUACACUUUAUCUUGUCCUGAAGCUUCGAUCCAAUUUGAAAGACUUAAUGUUGGACUUAACUUCUGAUGUGACUCGAUGUGGUCGAACACUAUGUAAAUAUAAAGUGUAUAAGUACAAAUCCACUAUAAAGCGUCGCGAUGACAACACAGGCAGACUGAAUCGAGUGUGGCGUCCAAGGUGUAGGGCGUCUAGAGUCACCCUUUACAGGACAAAAACUCAAUUUGUGCUCUUUGGAGAGGACGUCUCAGCUCCACCCAACCGCACUGUAACCCUUGCAACCACAACAGUCGCCUUUACAUGACGUCAUCCGUCAUCAAAUCAAAUUAAAUCCAUUGAUUUAUACCCUAGUAUCGAUUCAGUCGAUUGAUUACCUUUUAAACGAUGUUAGAUCGAUAUAUCUCGUCCUGAAUGGAAACUUUGCUGGACACAGAUCAGUAUUUAGAUCAUACGAAUAUACAGUAAACCAUUGUAUCGAUGAAUCGUUACAGCCCUAGCUGCCACUAUAAACUAUAAAUGUAAUUUUUGCAAAUUUACUGUUUCAAAAAACAAACAAUGUAUAACAUAAUUACAAACAAUGUAUAACAUAUAUAAGCAAAGUUGAGAAAUCAUGUCAGUGACCCUUGUGCUCUUACAUGUGCUUUGCUGCAGGCUGUGGGUUAAAAUAUGAAAUUAAGUAAGACAAUACGAGGAAAAGGGCCAUGUGGUGGCCUCGUGGUUAGCCUUGUGGUUAGCAUGUUGGCCACACAGUCAGAAGAUCAGGGUUCAUAUCUUCGUCGGACAUCUCUGUGUGGUCUUUGCAUGUUCUCCCUGUGCGUGCGAGGGUUUUCUCCGGGUACUCCAGCUUCCUCCCACAGUCUAAAAAUAUGCAUGUUAGGUUAAUCGGAGACUCUAAAUUGUCCAUAGGUAUGAGUGGUUGUUUGUCUAUAUGUGCCCUGCGAUUGACACCAGUCCAGGGUGUAACCCGCCUCUCGCCAGAAGUCAUCUGAGUCAUCUGAGCUCCAGCAUACCCCUGCGACCUAGUGGGGAUACGCGGCAUAGAAAAUGGAAAAUAGAGACGUCAACUAAUCAUCCGAUCAAACUGUGACAUCAGUGUGACACAAAAGGGUUGUUGGUACAGAAAGUGAGCAAGUUUUUACAUCAUGUUUUUAGAUGUUUUAUUUAACAUGUACAAAAGGUCCACGUGCCUGUUAAUAUCUUCCCUCCACCCUCCUAACUGCAAAGUGUACAGCCCCCAAAUGUAGCUCCCUGUCUUGUAUGUGUAUUUGAUAUUAUAAUUCCGAUUAUUUAAGGACAAUUCUUAUUGUAAACAGGAGGAAUGAACUGAUAAUAAUAUUGAUGCCGUGACAACUUACCAGAGAUACAGUAACUUUUAUUUGUGGUUCUUUUUGUAAGUAUGAAGCCAUAAGUGGGACUACAAGAGGAUGCAGUUGUAAAUUGGACCGUGUCUGGUGGCAGUAUGUUGAACUCCAUUUGUGAUGUGUUCAUUUUCUCUUUUUUUAUUCUUGUAUUAAGUUUUUGUAAAUAUGCGGAGAAGUAUUUCAAUGUUUUUGAAUAUGCUGGUAUAAAGCUUCUCUUCCCUCA